CAAAUAAUUUGAGGUUAAGAUAUGGCAAUAACUGAGGUACACAGGAUUUCUCCACUUAUACUAUUAAUAUUAUGUUUAAACUUGCUAACAGUAUUGGUGGGGGCAGAUUUUAAAUGGUACGACAAAGUUUUCGAACUCGAUGAUAGCGACUGGAUUGAACUCAGAAGUUCAAACUUCACGUCAUUUGAAGUUAAAAGUGAAAUUCUCAGCACCGUCUACCUUUCUUUCUCGAGGCGGAAUUUGACGUUCGAGUUUCCCUUUUACGGUGAAAAAAUCUCAACUGUUCUAGUAACCACACAAGGUUUCAUAUCAAUGAUAGGAGAACCGUAUCCAAGCCCCUACAUGACAGAGACACUAUAUGUAUCACCCCUAAUGGCUAACUUCGCGCCCCGAGAAACGGAUCCGACACAAGAUAUACGGAUACAUCAGGACGACGAUAUGUUUAUAGUUCAGUGGAGCACGAUGCUAUUGGCUGAGGAGGAGUCAUCAGACGGAUAUUUUACUUUUCAGACUCAGCUCCACAAAGAUGGCACUAUCAAAUUUAUCUACAAAGAGGUGCCGAUAAGUGUAGCAGAUAUAGUUGACGAGACACACCCAGUAGUAGCUGGGUUAUCAGGAGGUUACAGAUACACACGACCCGAGGCAGACGGCGAGUACAAACUGCAUCCAGACACUCCUGUAUACGAAGCGUUCGAUACGAUAAACCUAAGUGAGAGUAGGAUAGCCAGCGGUACGACCUACACCUUCAUUCCACAACCUUCUUGUCUCGAGGAAAACUCGUGCAGUAAAUGCAGGGCCCGCUCAGACCACUGUCACUGGUGUCCCACUAUUCAGAGAUGUUCAACGGGUAGAGACUCUCUAAAACCACAGUGGGAUGCUUCUUGCAGGAUCUUGUCAAAGAGCGCUUGUGAGGACGAAGUAGUGAACGUAACAGUAACGGCUCCAGAUAGAGCUCCUCUUACUGAUCCCUCUCACCUGUCUAAUAAACCAGGUUCGAUGACAACAGAAAAAACUAGAGACAUAACAGACACCCGCCACCUACCUACGAUCCACGAACAGGAUGAACAGAAUACAAAUAACACUGAUAUGGUCGUUAUCAAGGCUCUACUUAUAUCUACCUGUACGAUAGUAUUACUGUUAAUAGUAGCGACGGUCUUAGUUCGGCGCUAUGGCUGGCGGAGCACAAUCUUCAUGUCGCACGUGAAGCUAGAAAACAAGGGAUGCCACUGUAAUGAAGAAGUGAACCACACCCUCAUCAAGGUGGAGGAUUCCAGCACGUGAUAUCAUGAUAGGGACUAGAAUGUUCUAAAAUUUUCUGCCGAUCUAUAUAAGAUAUAGGAUGAGAUGUAUGAUUAUCCUGUGAGAAGAGUAAAGAAGUAGGUGAAAUGUAUGAAGAUGAGGUAGGAUGUGACGAGAAAGAAGAGGAUGAUGGAUUUAUCUGUGGUAUGAGGUGACGAAAUAUUGAGACAACAAACUGAAGCGAGACGUGUGUCAAUAUUCGAGCCGAUUGAGAUAAUUUAACACUAAAUGACUGAUGAUUUAUGCAAUCUGAUUUAUUUCGUUUGAUACAUAAUUUAUUUUUAUAUGUCUUAUUCUGCACAAUUUUUUACUGCACAUGAUGAACCAUUUAUUUUCUUAUGUAUACAUUCAUCCUUGAAUUUUACCGCAAGACUACAAUGACGAAUAUUUUUUCUUUUCUUCGAGUUUCUUCGUUACGAUGCUAUUGUUGAAGAGGACUACAUUUAUCUAACUAUUGAGUUAGGGGCCAACAUAAUAUUACGUAAUCACUGAGGGGAGGAGGAUGGUUCUGAAUGAUUACGCUAAUGUAAUUUAUUCACUACAGGUAUGUUGUUUGUAGCUACAACGGGGUCUAAAAAUGGCCAAAAAGUGAUUACGUAAUAUGUGAACGAGUAUAACUAUAAUAGAGAUGGAGCAUACUAAAUCUGGGCUGCACAAGUUAGCAGACUUACUGUAGUCCUCGAAUAAAACCAGGGCACAUUCUUGCAAGUAAAGUAACGUCUCGCUUGUAAACCUACAAUGUGGUUUGGGAGGUUGACAUUAUAGUGGUCCUGCAAUUUUUAUAACAGUGUGUUCAAAUAUAUGAUAUAUUGUUUGACCACAUGACGUGACGAUAAAAAACUCGAGUAAGUUUAUGAUGAUGAUGAUAUGUUUAUUCUUUUUAUUAUUGUCUUUUACCGUCCUGAUGUAAUAACACACAUGUAAAUGGAUAAAUGUAUCAUACCGCAA